AGGGCGUCCUUCAGAAGCACCUCCACUGACGGUCACUCCCGGUGGGACAGCAGCGCCUUCACGAUGGGCCUCACCAGCGACCCACACUUCCAGAAACUGGAGCAAUGGCACAAAGCCAACGCUGCCAGCCUCAGCAUGAGGAAGAUGUUCGAGGCUGACCAGCAGAGGUUCAGCAAGCUCAGCCUAACACUGAAAACAGAUGACGGGGACAUUCUUCUGGACUACUCCAAGAACCUCAUCAACGAGGAGGUUGUGAAGAUGCUGAUGGAGCUGGCAAAGUCCAGGGGUGUUGAGGCUGCUCGAGAUAGGAUGUUCUCCGGCGAGAAGAUCAACUUUACUGAGGGUCGCGCUGUGCUCCAUGUUGCUCUGAGAAACCGUUCCAACACCCCCAUCAACGUGGAUGGCAAGGACGUCAUGCCAGAGGUCAACAAGGUCCUGGAGAAGAUGAAGGGCUUUUGCCAUAAAGUGCGGAGUGGUGAUUGGAAAGGUUACACAGGGAAAUCCAUCACUGAUGUAGUGAACGUGGGCAUCGGGGGCUCUGACCUGGGUCCUCUGAUGGUGACCGAGACGCUGAAGCCGUAUUCUAAGGGGGGUCCGAGGGUCUGGUUUGUCUCCAACAUUGAUGGAACCCAUAUUGCCAAGACACUGGCAGAGCUGAAUGCUGAGACCACACUCUUCAUCAUCGCCUCUAAGACUUUCACCACACAAGAGACCAUCACCAACGCAGAGUCUGCCAAAGAAUGGUUCCUGCAGGCUGCCAAAGACAAAGCUGCUGUUGCCAAGCAUUUCGUAGCCCUCUCCACCAAUGCUCCCAAAGUGAAGGACUUCGGCAUCGACCCGCAGAACAUGUUCGAGUUCUGGGAUUGGGUUGGUGGACGCUACUCCUUAUGGUCAGCAAUCGGACUGUCCAUUGCUUUGCACAUUGGCUAUGAGAACUAUGAGAAGCUGUUAGCUGGAGCGCACUGGUUGGACACUCAUUUCCGCACGGCUCCACUGGACCAGAACGCUCCCGUUCUGCUGGCCAUGCUGGGUAUCUGGUACAUCAACUUCUUCCAGGCAGAGACCCACUGCCUGCUGCCCUACGACCAGUACAUGCACCGCUUCGCCGCCUACUUCCAGCAGGGUGACAUGGAGUCCAAUGGGAAGUACAUUACCAAUCGUGGCACCCGUGUGAACUACCACACUGGGCCAAUUGUCUGGGGGGAGCCCGGAACUAACGGACAGCACGCCUUCUACCAGCUCAUCCACCAAGGAACCCGUAUGGUCCCUGCUGAUUUUCUCAUCCCGGCCCAGACGCAACACCCAGUCAGGAACAACCUGCACCAUAAGAUCUUGACUGCCAACUUCCUGGCGCAGACGGAGGCUCUGAUGAAAGGAAAGACGACGGAGGAGGCGAAGAAGGAGCUGGAGGCUGCAGGACUGAGUGGAGAGAAACUAGAGAAGAUCCUGCCACAUAAAGUAUUCCAAGGAAACAAGCCUACAAAUUCUAUCGUCUUCAAGAAGGUGACACCGUACACUCUCGGAGUGCUUAUUGCCCUGUAUGAACAUAAGAUCUUCCUCCAGGGAGUCAUAUGGGAGAUCAACAGCUUUGACCAGUGGGGGGUGGAGCUUGGGAAGCAGCUGGCCAAGAAGAUCGAACCCGAGCUGCAGGACAAGACUGAGGUCAGCUCCCAUGACUCCUCCACGAAUGGCCUCAUCAAUUUCAUCAAGAAGAACUUUGCUUAAACACGUACACCCCAAAAUAUGCUUCACAGGCCCCCUGCACUGACCCCCCAGCCCGUGGCCUUCUGGGACAUCUGGAACCUUCUAGCACUUUCUGUCCAAAACCACCCAGCCUGAAUAUUCUGAAAGUGGUGCUGCUUUUUCCGUGCACAAAUUCCAUGCACAUGCAAAUCAAAAUUAAAAUGACAAAAAUGACAAACAUUAAAAAUGCAGUUUUGUCAUUUGUGUUCUCUCAGCGCUCAUCUGUUUUGGGACGGCGCUGUUAUUAAGGGAUCAUGAGUAUCUCUUAACAAAUCUGUAUCCGAUCUGACUGGGGUAGAAUAUGAGCCAAGCUCAUUUAAAUAAAGCUUGUUCUGGCCUGGAUUGA